AUGAACUGGACCGAGGGAGCUUUGGCUCGACAUUCUCGAGGGAAGGGCUGGAAACCAGAGAUCGCUAAACAAAAACAGUACUUCGCAAAAGCUCGCUCGGGACUCCAUGGUCCUCCCAAGCCCGGCCUCGACUCUAUUUCUUUUUUCUCUCAGCAGGCCAAUCCUUCGACACAUCCUACGAAGCGCCUCUCUACAGUUCCAUCACAAAAUUCGCCGCACUUCCAACAACACCAGCAACACCAGCAGCAUCAGCAACACCGGCACAGCCAGCACCGCCAAUACAACCAGAAAAACCAGCACAAUGUUCCUCAGGAUCACCGUCUGUGGACCUCGCCACGGCAGCAUGUGCGGAAGGAACCUAUAGUCGCAAUAGACCAAGGCAUUCUACAUGAGCCUCGCUCACAGCAUGCUACCAAGAAACGAAAGCUUCCUACCCAUGACCCUGAGCUCUUGGAUGCGAAGAGGCAUCGCUUGCUACAAAAAGGCGACUGGGCUGGGAUCAAUAUCCAAAAGUCGCUGCCUCUGCACUUCUCGGGAGCUGGAAGCUCGAAAGGACGCCAGAUCUGGGGCUUUCGCAACAGGCAUCCUGCGGGUCAAUCUGGCUUCUUCUGGGAGCAGAAAGGAAAUGGAAGGAGGCCACUACAAGGCAAAGCUACAAGCUGCAUGAGCACGCAAGGCGGAGACAAAGACGUCAGGAUCAGAAUCGGCAGUGAGGAUAUUCGAUACGGCGGAGGAAGUCAGAUCACGGCAAGAAGCUCUCAGAAUCGUCUUCCCAGAACUGCGACCCAGUCGAAAAACUUGCGACAGUCGGAAUACUUCGGCCAAACCUCAGCUUUGCCAGUGUCCGAAACGGUAUACUCGGUGCAGCGAAAGCGUGGACAGAGUGCUGCGUGCCGCGGAAACCCUCCGAGCUUCUCGAUGUCGCCCAAGUCAUACAGGUACCCGACCCGACUUGAGCGUUUGCCAAAGGAACCGAGCCGACUUGAGCGUUUACAAAAGGAAGGUCGCACCAUUGGUCAAGUCGGUCGCAACCCAGUGCAAGUUGCGUCAUCGGAAUGCAGUGAGAACGAGCGAUGGCAAAAGAUGAUCGAGUCUCAUGAAGAUCAAACAAAAAGCCCAUUCGAGGAAGAUUCUAGUGCAAGUCGCAAGAUCGUCAAGAUCAGUCCCGGAGUCAGCAACAUCCUCAACUCAAGCAGCUCGGUAGCCCAUGGUUCAAGAUUCGACCACCCCCCGAUGAGCACAUUUACGGACUUUUCUUUGGACCACAGAACGCCGGAUAAUAUAGAAACUGGCCAGUACAAGCGCUUUGGCACCUCGAUCAAGAAUGAUGCCAAACCAAGAGACACUGCAGAGAAGAUGCGAUCCUCACCACCUCCGCUGCCGACCAGAUCAUCCGCUCUAUCAGCUGGUCGACCCAAAGGUGACCUUUACAACGAUAAAGAGGGGCUUUUCGAGGACACAUCCCUGGCGCACGCAGAUUCCUGCUCAGACGAUGGCCACUAUGCGGAACCUCGACAGCUACCGGCGAUGUUUGAGUCGGAUAGCGAGGAGAAAACAACUCACAACGAGCGAGAACCAAGUGAGCAAAACUUGAGGCCCGCCAACGAAGAAAACGAGGAUAUCGAAACCUCAAUUUUUCUCCCUCGGGCACUAGAUACAGAUGCCGGAAAUGCUAUACCCGUGACAGGCCCAGAGAAAGUAAACAUGGACACAGAGUGGAUGAGCUUCAUAUUCGGCGAAGAUAUCGAAGAAGAUGAAGACGUUGCUUUCAAAGAGUCGCUCAAGGAGGCUGUACGAGACUUGCGGCCAUCAAGUAGCUCCGCUAGCGACUACUACCAACCUUCUGUGGCUCCCAUCUCGGCCUUUGCCUCUAAAGAGCUUGCACCACACAAGAUGCUCCAACACCAAAGUAAGGGCGCUCUGAUUCCGGCAUCGCUGAGAUCUUCUCCAAAGGCUGGCCAGACAGACAUGGCUAUCCGUGGAGAUCUCGUAGACUGUGAAUCAGAGCACAGCCAAUAUCAAACCAAUGACACAAACAUCGCAGGCUCCUUCAUAGCAGAAGAUUCGGACCCAAUCAUACCCCAAGCCGCAACAGAGUCUCCAACAUCUGAAGUUGCUCUCACGCAGAUUACGGACUCUAUGUCAACGAUUGCACAACCAUCCAAUUCUGACUUGGGCGAAAACGUGGGGCAAAGGUUUGCCAAGCCAAAAACCUUUGUCGGGAGACUAGCCAGCUCAUCAAGCCGAAACCCUGGACCAGUUUUGCCCCUGAGCGUAAACAAAGUCACUAAGAAAAGGGGUCGGCCCAAGGGCAGAUCGAAGAAGAAGAAGGCCAAGGAUGGACGUGCCAAUAUCCGAGGGCUACCUGAUUAUGACGGCGAUCCAAUUGAAGGCGGAUCAGAUGAGUAG